UUACUCAAUUUUGUGCACUAAUAAUCAAUAAUUUUGAGAAGUUUGGUGUAAAAAUGAACUAGUUUUCGUGUUGAAGCACAAAAACGAAGACAAUUAUUUUGGAUUUACUCCCAGAAGAAAGUCUACCAUUUUAACUCUAAAGGCCAUCGGUGAAUGCGUAGCGAUGUCGAUCCAUCUCAUGUGUCUCACCUCCGACGGUGGCGUUCCGAUUUAUUCCAAGAAGAAAGGUGACUCUGAAAAUCUACCGUUUUCGACGAUCGCAUCCCUCAAUGGAGUGCACAUGUUUUGCAAAUCGCAAAAUGUGGAUCUUUCGAUAACCCACCUGGAGGAUGGAAUGAUAAUUUGGAAGGAGUAUGAUGGUACGUUGAUGAUGAUCGGUAUAGCGAAGGGCAUUACGGAGAAAGCACUUCGAAAUCUGAUGGACUUCUCCUAUUAUGCGAUGAUUUUUUGUGUGGGUAUUGCUUCGAUCAAAAAGAUCAAGAACAUCGAUCGGUUUAAGAGGGAACUGAAGAAUUGUUACAGUUUGAUUGACCAGCUGCUGGAGGUGGUGGAGAAUGAUUUCUUUCGCUUUAAUGAGGCCGUUUUGUGCUCGGAGAGCAUGGCGAUGCUGGUUAAGUUGAAUGAAUUUAGUAUUCAAAUAGGUUCGCCCUUUUGUUCGAUACUUGUGCGACAAAAAGUCGCUUGCGGUACCGAGGGUUGGUGGGAUUUGGACAUAAUAGACCGGAAACUACUUAUGAUACUACUGAAUGCAUCCAGUACGAUUCAACAGGAUGUACCGGUGUUUCUGCCCAAAAAGAGUCCAUCGAUUGCUUAUCGCUUUAUUAGUAUUCCUAUAACGCAAGGCGUUAGCAUUUGUGCUCUCUGUGGGGCGGAACCGCCCUACGAUAAGCUGCAAGCCUUGAGUCAGCAGUUUUGGAUGAACGAAAUUGACUUGCUGAUUUCAGCUGAGCAAAAUUAUCCGAAACAUUAUCCAGCUUCGAUCGAGUUGGAUGCUAGCAUUCUAGGCUUUUUGCUGCUGAACAGAGAACAUUCGAAGUUCGUAAUUUCGAGGAACGUUCACCUGACAAGUCCCGGCAAGCGCACCCUAUCCGGCAACCAUCGGUUGGACGUUCUGCGAACGUUCUACCACCAAUCGGUGGACGCGAUGGAGGAUUUGUUUCGCGAUGGGGAGAAAAUUGCCAACUUGGAACAGUACUGGUGUUCGGAUUAUCACAAGUGUCACGCCCUGCUCGAGGGGCCGAACGUUCUGUGCGUGCUGUACACGUCGGCCAUUCCGACGCCCAUCAUGAGGUUAGUAACACAAAAAACACUGAACACGCUAAUAUCGGAUAAGGAUGUAUGCUGGUAGCUGAGGUUCUUGCUAUCAAAGAUUGAAGAUAUUACACAUUUUGAGCUUCGAUUUAUUGGUUGCGGUAGAUUAUUGAAAGAUUGCUGAUGCAAUCUUCCGUGGAAUGCUGGUAUUUUAGCCGAACUGAUUCGUCUAUCAUGUAGUAACAUCUAAAUGUAAUGUCUAAAAUUGUAUUUUUAGCCGGAUUUAUUUUUUCAUUAAGAUGGUUUUAUUAAAUUUUCAAAUAAGGAGAGGUUAUUUUCAUGGCUUCGUUAUUUUGGAUCUGCAAUUAGAGUUUGACAUUUUGACUGAAUCAGUGUCUACUUUGAUUACGAUUAUAUCACUUGUUCAAACACAAAAUCAUUACACAAUAAAAUCUUUUAGGUGGGAAUUGGAAACCAAAUAAACCUAAGAAUUGAAUUUAAAAUGCCGAAAAGAACAGAUAACAGAUCAGCAAAUGUUUACAACCAUUACUUUAACGUUUUACUAAAUUGGUUUAAUCAGUUCAAUACGAUUUUGUCUUAUGUUUGUACUGAACAUAUUGAUAUAGGUGGUAUAGCCACUCUUCAACGAAACAAAUUAUUUGGAAUAUUUAACAGAUUGCAAGAAAACGCUUUAUUCAUAAACUUUGUCUUUAAUUUGGCAGAAUAAUACAGCCCUUUUUCGAAUAGUAAAUGAUUAUGCUAGUUAUAUAUUUAUACUUGGUAUACUUUCUAUUCACUUAUACAGAUGUAAUGUAUAGAUUAUUGUCAUGCAAAAAUUAUUUGAUAAGUAAUAAAUGAGCUAGA